GGGCAGGCUCUUCUCACUUCCGCCUCACUUGUCUUCCUCGCUGCGAAUGUGAUAUGCAUCCCAGUCAGCCCCCAAUCGGGCUGCCGUUCACCAAUGCCUGGACUUGGCCCAGAUGUCGAUUAUGGUCGGCAGCUCGUGCAUCUCGAACUUGUCUGGCCACUCGCCUAGCUCGGAUGGGAAAAGCACGGAGGUGUGUGUCAGCCCAACGCUGAUCGACGGUGACGCGCGCGUAGACGUACAAUCAUCGCCCUCCCCUAGGUAGCGACAAUUAAUGGUAGGCUGGGAAGGCCCCGCAUCAUUCAAGCAGAGAGAGAAAGCGGAGGCGUCACAGCCACCUAUACGAUUAAAUGCGUAUCCCCCUAUGUCACACGGCUUGGCUGCGAGCAAAGAGGUAGUUCCAGUCGGCGAUCAUGCUCUUGCCCUUCCAGUAUUGGGCUCGAGUGUCGUUCUCGGUCUUCUUCAAUAUGCCUUGGCCGUAGUGCUCGCCAAAGCCGUAGGCCUUGGGGGGCUUGGGGCCGGGCGUCCAGGAGCAGAGGACGUGAUGGCGGGAGGCGACCUCGCUUCGAAGGGGCAGGGCAAGGCUGAGGAGGCUAGGUGCCAGUGUGGAUGGAAGGUUACGCUUUCGAUCUGGUUGGGACCCUUCAUCGCCCCUUCUUAUCCUCGUACGACACCACGGUCAAGGCGGCAAGUCUAUCAUCACAGUGACGCACCUCUCGUCCACCUCACUGCACCUUCGCCAAGGCUCUCGAGGUCAAGCGUUUCCCCUUUACCCCGCCGACACGUCCGCCCCCUCGGCGGAUUUGCCUCACCUUUGCCUUUCGAUCUCGAUCCUCAUAGCAAGCGGGGCCCCGCUCAAGCUGGGCAAAAAGACUUUAGGCAUCGAUGCCGGCGUGUCAGCAAGAGCUUACGUGCAACCCUUCUCGGCGUGACUUGACGGUGACCACGUUACUCUGCACUGCCCUGCUGAGCUGUGCCAUUCGCGCACCCUUUUUGGCCGAGGGCGCGGAGGUCCUGCCCGCUACAGUCUCGCCGGGGUAUCGGCAGAGAAUCCCGAGCCUCACCUGCAUUGCUGACGACACCGGACGUGGCGAAGCCAAAUCGGUAGAAUCAUCGACUACGGCCAGGUGUCACGGUAUCGACGCAGGAAGUCAGGCGACGGCGCGCCCCUUAUG